CUGGUGAAUGGCACAAGUGAUGCCUUUGUGGAGUUUAAAUUCACCACAAUUUCUGCGUUAUCUUUAAGGUGUUUUACAAUUCUGCGUACCCUUGUACGUCAACGUUCAUUUCACCUGCAAUAGGUCGUCUACUACCAGAGACCAAUAAAGUUGGUCAUGAUAUUCCUCCUUGGGAGUAGCCUCUGUGUUGUAUAUUUUUUGCCCCCUCCCACCAAAGUUUUAACCAUGUUUUUGAUACUAAUCGGAUAUAUAAUCAGACAUAACGGUAGAAUUAGCUAAGUAGGCCGUUCGUGACUCGUUAAUUCUGGUUCAUUUUAGGCGGUAUAGUUUUAAAAUUUCUCAACGUCGAUUCUGUAAGUCGCUAGCGGAUAAGGAAACGAUCCAUAACAGACGGGGUCAAAUGGAGGUUGCACUGUUCAAGGUUAUAUUAUUGACUAUACAGUCAUUCCAGUUAGGUUGUUUAGGAAAUUUAGACUAAUAUUAUUAUUUUCGUUGUUAACACUAUUUUUAAAAAACUUUCGCCGCGAUGUCCGUCUGCAAGUUCAACGGCAAGCUGUCGAACGUCGAGGGCAAGUCGCCUUUUCUGAUAGGAGUCGCUGGAGGCACGGCGAGUGGAAAGUCGACAGUAUGCAAGAGGAUAAUGGAAAAGUUGGGCCAAGUGGAUGUUGAUCAUGCAGAGCGGAAGGUCGUUACAAUCAGCCAAGACUGCUUCUACAGGGAGUUAAGCUCUGCCGAAAAGGUGAAAGCUCUCAAGGGCCAGUAUAACUUCGACCAUCCAGAUGCUUUCAACGAGACCCUUAUUUACAACACCCUCACUGACAUCCUCGCCGGGAAGAAAGUGACCAUCCCUUCAUAUGAUUACAUCACCAAUUCAAGGUCAGAUGUAAUGCAGACGAUUUACCCUGCUGACGUUGUCCUCUUUGAAGGCAUACUAGUAUUCUACUUCCCUGAGAUACGCAACCUGUUUCACAUGAAGCUCUUUGUUGACACAGACUCAGACACGAGGCUUGCACGUAGAGUUCCGAGGGAUAUCAAUGAACGUGGAAGGGACCUCGAGCAAGUACUCAACCAGUACAUGAACUACGUGAAGCCGGCCUUCGAGGAGUUCUGCCUUCCGACAAAGAAGCAUGCUGACGUUAUAAUACCAAGGGGAGCUGACAAUAUUGUUGCAAUAGAUUUGAUAGUGUACCACAUCUGGGAUAUACUGCACGGUCCUCAACUACCAUUGGCCAAGGUGCCGAGAAUGAACCACAGGCUCAAUUCGUGUCUGGAUAGCGUUAGCCGCUGACGCCCGACCCGUUAAAUUCGAAGGAGAAUUCGACAAGGGCCUGGGACCGAAUUUUCAACGCAAUUAUACUUUAAUCAAACUUCUUCUUAAUGUUUUCUCAUAAUUUCUUUUAUUUAUUAUUGUUUAGAGAAGUAAAAAUAAUCAUGGCUUUUAAACGCACAUUUGCAGAUUUUUUAAACCCUGUUGUUACAAUUACAUCCAUAGAAAAUUGUAGCUUUUUUUCUGUCACCGUGUAAUAUUUACAUUGUUUUUUAUUUUUGUAAUGAUUUUUUUUUUUUCAACAUUCCCCUCAUACAAAAUUGCCUAGUGAUAGAUAAUUAUUACAUUUUUUCUGAAAAACUUGUAUACGUACAAUUGUUAAAUGUACGCUUAGAUGAAUUUAAUUUUUUUAAAUUUGUUAUAAGGAUUUGUAACAAUAACUGGUACCUGAUGGAAUUUGGCAAAUUCAGUGUAAUAGCAAUAUGUAUUAAUACUUUAAAAAAGAGGGUUUUUUAAAUAAAUAAGUCUUAUGAUUCUUCAAAUAUUAAACAAAACUUCUGAUUAGCGUUAAUGUUCUAGCCAUUUAAUGAAUUUUUCUAAUGACCAGUAAAAUAUUGAAGAAAAAUAGUAGAAUAAUUUAAAAUAAUAUAUUAUCUUGUAUAGAAAAAAGAAAAUAAGGUUGUGUAAAUUCAUGUAAAAUUUUCAAGUUUCCAAAAGUUAAAUUUUAGUUUUAAAUUGUAGUCAUAGUUGGAAUAUUUGUGAGCGAUCACACUUGAUCACCCAGGCAUGACCGUUACCGGUUUUGUCAUUGAAAAAUAAAACAGAAAAAAAGAUCAGGGACGAUCAAAUUGUAUGCAGAUGUUACAACUUGCUAGUAAAUUCUGAUUAUGACUUGUUUUUUGUUAAAUGUUGUGUUUACAUAUAAGUCUUUAAUACCAAAAUUUUUGUUUUUUGUUUUGUUUUCAUUUUUCAACAGAUUCAUCACUUAAUAAUUAAUAUUAAAAGUAAUGAAGAUUGUAGAUUGUUAAUGAAUUAGUUUGUAAGUUUAUACAGCACGAAAAUGCGCAAAAUAAUUCACCUGUGAUUUUCAAAUGUUUUUUCUUAUUCAUAUUUUGUAUUUGAUUUAAAGACUGAUUCUUGGCGGACCUCAGUUCAAAAAUUCUUUGUUAAAAAAAUUUAGAAAUUUAUUAUUAAACGAAAAAAAAAAAAUCAUGUUAAUAUGAGCCAAAGUGGAAUAAAAAGUCCCUCACACAAAUGUUUACAAAGGAUUUUAGGGUUCAUAAUUAAGAUUAUAUGAAAAGGGUUCUUUGUAAUAACCACAGGAAAAAAACCCAUUGAAUUUUGUUAUAUUUUGUAUUUUUAUAACUUUUAAGUGAUUUACUAAUAAAACAUUGAUCAAGUAAUUAA